GUGAAAUGAACUGUCACCCGCACCAUCCUACAGCGCACGAGCUGUAGUGCCAACUAUUUACUUGUGAUAAAAGAGGAUGUAGGGACUGAAAUUGAGAAAGGUAUACUGAGGAUGAACGAAAGAGGCAAAUGACAAUAACAAAAGGGGACAGUGAAUGGAAAUGUUGCAAGGGGAAGGUCAAGGAGAAUCUCGUAUACGAAGGAAGGCCUGCCCCUGUAGGUCGCUCACAUAGGCUGAUAAAUAAUAACACAUCAUUACUUUUAAUUUAACUUACCCUGUAAAUCAAGUAAUUUGAAAAUUUACUUGCUUGUUUAGUUCUGUACAGUGGUGUGAAUAAGUUCUUUAUCUAGGGUAAACAAAUACAAAUUUUCUCUCCAGUACAGGUUUGUAAGGAAUUUUCCGGGUAAGCAGUGCACGUUGCAUCUGUGGAGUGCACGCCAGUGGUUCUGCAGUCUACAAGAUCAUUUUGUCUAUACAUUCUACACCAUAAGAAAUAGCAUAAACAUCGCUUUCUAUAUUGUUGCGAUGUGAUGAAAGAGAGCGGACUUCAGAAGUACUUAUCGCAACGCCGUUCACGGUAUGUGGCACAUACCGCGAACUUACUGCCUCCGACUCCGGAGGGCGUAGCUUCGAAUCCGGUCCGGGGCAUGCAUCUCCAACUUUUCAGUUGUGUGCAUUUUAAGAUAUUAAAUAUCACGUGUCUCAAACGGUGAAGGAAAAACAUCUUGAGGAAACCUACACACCAGAGAGUUGUCUUAAUUCUCUGCGUGUGUGAAGUCUGCCAAUCCACAUUUGGCCAGCGUGGUGGACUAUUGGCCUAACCCCUCUCAUUCUGAGAGGAGACUCUCAGAAUGAGAAUGAGCGCUUUACACGACGAAAACGAUUACAACAAUGAAACAUCGAUUCUAUAGCAACAGUUUUUAUAAACGCGUUAGAUCAUUGAUUCUUGAUCUUUGGCAGAGGGGUAACGGUUUACCAGGCAGGUCCUUUCUUUUUGAUGGUCUAAGGUAUAAGUGAUAAAAUUAUCGAUAUUAUCCAAAAUCGAUGUUUAGUUUGUGAUUAAUUUUUAAUUUUGAUUAUAUUAUCGAACAUCGAUACAUCGAUAUUUAUUAAUCUGUGCACUUGACAGCUGAGCUGCUUAGUUGUGUACUCCUGAGUAAAUAUGUUCCUUGGUUGUGUAUGUGUUCCUUAGCCAUAGAGUACAUUGAAUAUAGGGUAUCCUUAGCUCAUCAUCAAAUCAAAACAUUAAAGAAUAUUUUCAAUAAUAUCUCUUGCUCUAAGUUAAUCUUAAUUCAUAAUUCUUAUUUGUUUGUUAUAAAGUUCGCUCGUGUGUGUAUCACGCUUGAGAAGAUUGAUUUUGAACAACCUGUGUGUGGAUCAAGCUUCUAAAGAUUGAUUUCAUACUCAUAUCAUUUUGACCUUUUUUUUGUUGUUUUAACCUAUUCUUGUCACACUCUAACUUAUUUCACAUGUAGUAAAAAGAACAAGGAUGGCAUAUAAUCACUCAUAACCUGUACAAAACACGUGUUGAAGUGUUACAUAGAAGUGAAGAUAGAGCCGUGUGAAAUCUCUGAACCACAACAACAAGAGACAACCAUUUUCACAGAAACAAAAUGUAUCUCAACAGGACAUAGACUUGUAGAAAUUAAAGUGGAGCCAAUGGAUGAAGUUCCUGCUCCAGAAGAAAACUCAGUAACUUUGGCCUCCACCAUACCGAAGAAAACAAUGCAGAAGGAACACACUGGUGCCACAAAGAAAACACAUUCGUGCAAUGUUUGUGACUAUAAAUGUAAAUUUAAAAGCGUUCUACUUGUACACAUGAGAACUCACACAGGCGAGAAGCCUUUUUCAUGUCACCUAUGUCAGACUAAAUGUGCGCUUCAAAGUAGUUUCACAAAACACAUGAGAAAACAUUCUGGAGAGACACCAUACUCCUGUAAACUAUGUCAGCAAAAGUUUAAACAGCACAGCCAUUUAUAUAAUCAUAUGAAAAUACAUAAUGGCGAGAGAUCUUUUUCGUGUGACAUAUGUCAAUCCAAGUUUACAAAAAAAUAUCAUUUGAUCAAUCACAUGAUGAUUCACACUGGUUUAAAGCCUUAUGUUUGUGAUAUAUGUCACAUUAAAUUUGCAAUGAAAUCUAAUUUGACCACACAUAUGAGAACACACACUGGUGAAAAACCUUUUCUUUGUAACAUAUGCCAUGAGAAAUUUACACUUAAAAAGUCUUUGACUAAACAUAUGUUACUUCAUAUUGGCAAAAGACCAUUUUCUUGUGCUUUAUGUCCUAAAGAGUGCAGCACAAAAUACAAUUUGAGUGUCCACAUGAGAACUCAUACUGGCGAGCAACCAUACUCUUGUGGUCUAUGCCAGAGGAAAUUUACGCAGAAAAGUCAUUUAACUUUUCACAUGAAGGAUCACAUGCGUGAAUCGCCUAAAUGAGAAAAAAAGUUUGAGUUUUUAUCUGAUUUAGUUGAACAAAUAUAUCAACUAUCUAUACUUAUAAUAAAACUGUUACAGGUCUAAUUCUGUACAUUGAAGAUAUUUUGAAAAUUUUAGUUAGAUGGCAUUAAAAGGGGUUGAAAGUUUUUAUGGAUAGACCUUCAUUUUUCAAGUUAUAUUUGUAAAAAUUGGUGUGUGUACUAUCACGUCAAAAAAUACUAAACUAAAGUAAAAUAAAUUUAGAAAAUGUGUAAUUAUGAUAUCAAAACUUGCAUAAAUCAUAAAUAGCUUUUGAAGAUACUAUGAUAAAAGCCGAAUUAUUAGAUAUCGCCAAAAAAGAAAAAAAGACCCAUUAACGAACGAUCAUUGAAGAAAUGGCAAAGGGGUAUAACAAUUUUAAGACUGCCCCCUUACCAUUGUGAACUCAAUCCGAUUAAAUUGAUCUGUGCUCAGGUAAAGGGGCAUGUCGCUAAAAAUAAUAAGACAUAAAAAGUUAACGAUGUCAAAAAACUAUUUGAAGAAGGUUUUUGGCUGGUAACGCAGCGAUGGAUUAGCUGUAUAUAACGUGUUAUCAAAAUGGAAAAUGAGAUGUACCGUCUGGGCUGGAUUUUUAAUUGAAGUUGGUAAUGACUCUGAAUAAAUAUAAUAUAAAAAAUUGAA